AUGAAGGCUGUGAGCAUCUUUAUCUUCGUGGUUGCGUUCUGUGCUAUCACUGGUUGCGCGAGCGCCGAAGUUACCAAUCUUCACGUGGUCCCGCACACCCACGAUGACGUGGGGUGGCUGAAAACGGUGGACGAGUACUACUACGGUGCCAACAACACCAUUCAGCACGCCGGUGUGCAGUACAUUCUCGACUCCGUCAUCGCUGCGCUCCUCCAGAACCCCGAGAGAAAGUUUAUCUACGUAGAGAUCGCCUUCUUCGAGAGGUGGUGGAACGAGCAGUCGGAAGACAUGAAGACCAUCGUGCGCAGCCUCGUUGGUGCGCGCCGUCUGGAGUUCAUCAAUGGCGGCUGGUGCAUGAACGACGAAGCCGGCACCCUCUAUCCCGCUGUCAUCGAUCAAAUGACGGAGGGUCACCUCUUCCUGGAGAGGGAGUUUGGGGUGAGGCCGACCAUUGGAUGGCACAUUGAUCCGUUCGGACACGCGUCCACUCAGGCAUCGCUCUUUGCUCAGAUGGGCUUCAACGCCUUCUUCUUCUCGAGAAUCGACUACCAGGACUACGCUCUCCGCAACAAGACCAAGGAGAUGGAAAUCGUCUGGCGGGGCUCCGAGUCGCUCGGCCAGGAGACCGAGAUCUUCACCUCGGUCAUGUAUGAUGGCUACGGUCCUCCGGACGGGUUCUGCUUCGAGUGCGACAACGUCCCGCCGAUCCAGGACGACCCGCGUCUGUUCGGCGUCAACAUCAAGGAGCGCGCUGACAAGCUGGCGGCCGAAAUCAAGACCAGACAACUGGCUUACCGUACCAACAACAUUAUGCUUGCGUUUGGCUCGGACUUCCAGUUCGAGAACGCCAACAUCAACUUUAAGAACAUGGACAAGCUGAUGCGCUACAUCAACGCCCAUCCCGAGUAUGAACUUAACAUGUUCUACAGCACUCCCUCCAUCUACAUCGAGUACGUGCACAAGGCCGCCGAGGAGAAGAAUAUCGCGUGGACUGUCAAGACGGACGACUUCUUCCCCUACGCCGACUGCCCUCACUGCUUCUGGACCGGCUACUUCACUUCGCGCCCUGCCCUCAAGGGAUACGUGCGCACCCGCUCGAACCUUCUGCACGCGACGGAGAAGCUCAUCACCACGGCUCGUGGAGACGUUGAUGGCGCUGCCAGCCACGACAACAUCGCCAAAUACGAAGUGCUUGCUCAGGCCAUGGGCGUCGCACAGCACCACGACGCCGUUGCUGGCACUGAGAAGCAGCACGUCGCUGAUGAUUACGCGGAGCGUCUGUCGAUUGGCAGCGAUAACGCGCAGGAAGUGGUUUCGGAGGUGGUGGGCAAGCUGCUGGCGCGCCAGUCGUCGCCGUCUCUCCCCUCGUUCUCCUACUGCCCGCACCUCAACAUGAGCGUAUGCCCCGCUACGGCGCAGCUGGCCAACAACAAGGCCGUGCCCGUGGUGGCCUACAACCCCCUGGCCUGGACCCGCACCUUCAACUUCCGCAUCCCCGUGCCCGUGCCCGACGUCGCCGUGGUGGUGAGCACCAAGGUGGCGAUCGCCACGCAGACGGUGCGCAGCGGGGACGCCUCGGGGCUUCCCUUCAUCCUGGAGUUCUCGCUCGACCUGCCUCCCAUGGGCUACCUGUCCUUCGUGCUCCAGCGCGGCUCGUCCGCCAACGACCGCAAGCUGGCCCUCAACGACGAGGCCGAACCCGCCACUGGCGGUGCCGUGGCUCACAAGCAGCUGCUGUCGAGCGGCGACAGGGCCGGUCGCGUGUUGGAGAACAAGUACCUCCGGGCCACCUUCUCCUCAGUCACCAACCGUCUGGAGCUGGUCGAGAACCUGCUGACCGGCCAAAAGGUCGUCAUCGACCAGGGCCUCCUGUGGUACAACUCGAGCACGGGGAACAACAAGCUCUCGAUCCAGCCGAGCGGCGCGUACAUCUUCCGCCCCAACGAGACCUACGCCUUCAACAUGACCAAGGACAACGUCCCCUCGAUUCAAUUCCUCACCGGUCCCCUCUCCUCGGAGGUGCGCCAGGUGUUCAACUCGUGGGCCACGCAGACGGUGCGCCUGUACGCCGAUCAGCCCUUCCUCGAGUUCGAGUACACCAUUGGACCCAUCGACAUCUCCGACAACCGCGGCAAGGAGGUCAUCACGCGCUACGCGACGCGCGGGUUCAGCACGGAUUCCACGUGGUACACGGACUCGCAGGGUCAGGAGAUGCAGAAGAGGCGCUACAACUACCGCCCCACGUGGCCGCUCAACGUGACCGAGCCCGUGGCCGGCAACUACUACCCCAUGAACUCGGCCGCCUUCCUUCGCAGCGGCAACGCUCAGAUCACGGUUGUCAACGAUCGCAGCCAGGCUUGUGGAAGCGUUGCCGAUGGUGAGCUUGAGGUGAUGCUGCACAGGCGUCUGCUUCACGACGAUUACCGCGGCGUGGGUGAGCCCCUCAACGAGACCGAAGCCGUGCGUACGGUCCACCGCCUGUCGUUCACGUCCGUCCAAGAGGCCGGCCGCGCCCUGCGCACUACGGCCUACCACAUCAACAACCCUCCCGUCCUUCUCUUUGCCAACUUUGCCGGUAACGCCAAUGCCUGGUUCGGGUCGUACAACGCCACCUACCUGCCCCUGGUCUCGGCCCUCCCGUCCAACGUGCACCUGCUCAACCUCCGCACGCUGCCCCUCACCGGCGAGGUGCUGCUGCGUGUGGCCCACAUCUACGCCGUGGGCGAGGACUCGGCGCUGUCCAAGCCGGCGCAGGUGGACCUGUCGUCGCUGUUCAAGCACCUGAGGGUCACCAAGAUCUCCGAGAUGAACCUGUCGGCCAACCAGCUCAAGAGCCAGGUCAAGCGCUUCAAGUGGAAGACUGCCUCUUCUUCUUCCGCCAUUACUCAGGAUGAGGAGCCGAGGAAGGAGGUGAGCGCCGAUCUGCCCCUCGUGGAUCUGCGUCCGAUGGAGAUCCGCACCUUCAUCGUUCGCCUCGAGAAACAGUGA